UUGUCCGUGACGGCUACGUGCCAGUUGGAUAGCUUAGCAUCUCCGAUAUAGCUUGCUGGCUAAUCUCGUGCGGUGCUGGAAAAACAGCGCUAAGUGGACAUGUGGUUUGCAGACGAGGACCAUUUUAAACCCAGUUCGAGCAUGCUUGGCAGAUACUCACCGGGCGGUGAUGUUAAGAUUGAUCUCCCCCCUCCUUUCACCGGGGACGGGAGCCAGAGUUUCCUCAGCUGGGCGAGACAACUAGAGGUGGCCGUCGGCGCCACAGCCAGGAGCGGCGGCAACUGUGAGGAGGAGUUAGUGAGGAUUCUGCCUACUCGUCUCGGCAAGUCCGCGUUCCUGCUGUGGGACAGCCUCCUGGGGCGACCAAGUCGGAUUAUACUAUGGUGAAGGAGAGACCUGGGGCGGCUUUUGGACAGAGGCAGUUGAUGGACCGCUUCAGAGCCAGCCUGACAGCCCGGGCGCGUGCUCCUGGGGAAAGCCUGGAGGUGUACGCUGCUGACGUGAGCCGGCUGGUCGCGGAGGCCUUUCCGGAUUAUGGUGAUGUUGCACAGAGAGAGGAGAAGUUUCGACGCUUUCUGGCUGGUUUGGAUCCAGCGUUGAAGGCCAAGUGUUUGGAGAUGGGUGCCACGGACCUGGAGGAGGCGUUACACGUGGCUGAGCGCUGUGAGAAUGCCAGAGCUGCCCUACAGAGAGACUAUGCUUUGAUCAAAUACUACUGCUAUGAAAAACAAUUCAAUCAUGCAGUAAAUUCCGCCUCAGCCGCUCAGAGGAAAUUCAGUCAUGACCCCGUCUACGUUUUCUUCCACGCAUACGCAACUCUUAUGCAAGGGGAAAUUCAAGAAGCCACAGCAGAACUGGACACCAUAAGAGAUGAUCGAGAUCUGUCCCUCUGCACACUGAUGGCUCUUGUCUAUGCUGAAAAGAAAAAGGCAAACCCAGACAAAGACAUUAUUCAACAGCUUGAUGCAAAGGUCAAAGAGGAUCGUAAAAGUGCGCCACCCAAGAGCCUGUACCACGCUGGAACCUUUCUUUGGCUGCUAGGCCGCAAUGAUAGAGCAAGAGAGUACACAGAGAGGAUGAUCAAACUCUCCAAUGGCUCAAGAGAGGGCAUAAUCCUGAAAGCCUGGAUAGAUGUUACGUCAGAGAAAGACGCCUAUGUCAGGAAGGCUGGGAAGUACUUUGACGAGGGCCUGAAAGAGAGAGUGGAUGUUUUUGCUCUCAUGGGAAAGACUGGCGGCAACUGUGAGGAGGAGUUAGUGAGGAUUCUGCCUACUCGUCUCGGCAAGUCCGCGUUCCUGCUGUGGGACAGCCUCCUGGGGCGACCAAGUCGGAUUAUACUAUGGUGAAGGAGAGACCUGGGGCGGCUUUUGGACAGAGGCAGUUGAUGGACCGCUUCAGAGCCAGCCUGACAGCCCGGGCGCGUGCUCCUGGGGAAAGCCUGGAGGUGUACGCUGCUGACGUGAGCCGGCUGGUCGCGGAGGCCUUUCCGGAUUAUGGUGAUGUUGCACAGAGAGAAGAGAAGUUUCGACGCUUUCUGGCUGGUUUGGAUCCAGCGUUGAAGGCCAAGUGUUUGGAGAUGGGUGCCACGGACUUGGAGGAGGCGUUACACGUGGCUGAGCGCUGUGAGAAUGCCAGAGCUGCCCUACAGAGAGACUAUGUGAGUACUGCUGCCUACGGUGGUGGUAGCACAUCUGUCCAGUUCCGGGGGAUCUCCAGAAGGCUGUUGAGAAGCUAACGGAGGACAUGUACUCCAUGAGAGUGGAAAUGAGAGAACUUUAUGAGGACAAUCAGAGGCUGAGGGCUUGGAAUAGAGACAUGAGGGGGCAAAGCGUUCGCUCGCCCUCAGGAGAACGCUGUCACUGUACCUGUGGUGAGUGGGGCUGCCGGUCCAGGAGCUCUCGGGAGGAGCAACGUGGUCGCUCCCCUGAAUCUGGGCAGUUCCCACGCCAAAGGGGUUUUCAGCCUCGCGGCUCUGGGGUGUCCUCCCCCUCUAGGCCGCUGGGGGGCAGGAGUCCUAGCCCGAGCUGGCGUGCUCGACAGGAAGAUGAGCCCAGACGGCGUAGUGUGCACUUCCUGCCUCGACAACGGGACGCGGUUAACGACCGUCAGGGAAACGGCCAGUAGCUGGCAUUGAGGCCCAAAUGCCAGCCAGUUCUAUAAGGGGCCCCUUGAACAAUGAUUUCUCCGAUGUAAUGGCUCAUUUGGACUGUACCGACCACCCGACUUCCUUCGUCAGGGGUGUGGUCGAAGGCACAGAGGUUCCCAUGUUAGUGGACUCAGGGGCGUCGGUGUCACUGAUCAGUGCGGACUUCCGUAUGUCAGUCCCUGCCUUGCGAAACAGGCCCCUGAAAAGGAACUAUAUUGACUCUCGGGCAAUCAAUGGACAAAUGUUGGAUACACUCGGUACCUGUGAGAUCACCUUCCGCCUGGGUCCGACCUACUGGCAACACACCUUUUUUUCCAUUCAAACAUAUAAUAGUCUGUUACACCAGUGAUGUGUGUUCUUCCUCCAUCUUGGCUUUAAAGCCAAAAAGUGAGGAUAUUGACUGGGGAAGGAAAAGCACGUACAAUAUAGCGCGGUUAUAAAGUUGUUUCGAAUGAGACAGAUAUGUACGGUUGAAACUGUCCUUUUCCCGCCGCAAUCUCGCGACGCGUUGCCUGGUAA